CCAUUGGUACAUAUUUUCUAAGGUGGGAAAAAGUUGGUUUCGUCAGUAUAAAUAUAGUUAGUUAGAUGUAGUGAAGCAUCCAGCAAAGGAUGUUACACAUGGUCUACUGAAAAAAAAUCAUAAAACACUCUUUCUAUAAAAACGUUGACGCGAAUUUGAUACACAAAAGUUAAGACAAACAAAAUGCUUUCGUCAGUUGUAGUCAACAACUGGGAUUUCGGUAGCCAAGUAGGACACUAAACUUCACUUCCCAGAAUUCCCUCAGGAAGAAGGCAGUUGGCUGUCGCGUGCGCUGGUGUUGCUUUCCAGUUAAGCAGAAGAAACUAAAAUAGGCCCAAAAAACCCUGAACGUGUACAAACAACUCGGCUAGUUUAAACUGAUUUCGCACAGAACAGGUUUUACAUUUGUGUUGCAGUUCAAAUGCAGAAGGUUGAGAAAAAAAUGCUUUAAUUCACCUGCGUUUACUUUGCUCAGCAUACGCCUUUUCUAGUGAACUGAAAAGACCUCAAACGCACCAUUCCUGGGUGUGUGUGUGGAUCCAGUAAUUCCCUGCUGACUGGAAACAGUUCGCUGAAAGGCAUGGGACCGCGGUCCGAGCGGUGACGCAGCAAAGCUGAGGACAGCUUGUUUCACUUCAUAGCAACAUCAACGUUACUGUCACCCCUCAACCCCGCCAUCAUCCCCCUGCUGUGUGGUGGUGAGGGGCAACGCUGGGCUGACUCCGGAUCAGCCCGUGCUGGAGGAUGGAGAUAGAGAAGAGGACGAAUGGGUUCGACUACCCGGAGAGAAACGACGCCAAGUCAGCGAACGGUUUUUAUGGUGACCAUCCCCUGGAGACAGAACCCAGCAACAGCAUGGAUGCAAUCAAUGAAAGUAACCUGGAUGAUGCAGCUGACCAGCGUACUUGCCUUAUUUGUGGAGACCGGGCCACAGGCCUGCACUAUGGCAUCAUCUCCUGCGAAGGCUGCAAAGGCUUCUUCAAGCGCAGCAUCUGCAACAAGCGGGUGUACCGCUGCAGCCGGGACAAGAACUGUGAAAUGUCCCGCAAGCAGCGCAACCGCUGCCAGUACUGCCGUCUGCUCAAGUGUCUGCAAAUGGGGAUGAACCGCAAAGCAAUCAGGGAGGACGGCAUGCCAGGAGGGAGGAACAAAAGCAUCGGGCCUGUGCAGAUCACAGAAGAGGAGAUAGAGCGAAUCAUGUCAGGGCAGGAGUUCAAGGAGGACGCCCCGGAGCACACCUGGGGCAACAACGGCGACAGCGACCACAGCUCCCCCAGCAACGGAGCCUCUGAGGGCAACCAGCCGUCACCCGCCUCCACUCUGUCGUCCAAUCGAUCCAUAGAGAUGAACGGCUACACAGCAGCGCUCAGGGACCAGUACAUCAACACCUCCAUGUCCACACACUACCAGCUCCUGCCUCACCUGUUCAGCUACGCAGCCCAGUCAGGCCUGCUGACCCCUCAGCCUCGCGGUCUCUAUCCACAGUCCCACCCUCUGGUGCUGCAGCUUGUGGCUGCUGAGGACCUGUCCCCCCUCACCACCCCAAUGCUCAUAGAGGACGGGUACAAGGUAACCCAGGUGGAGCUGUUCGCCCUGCUGUGUCGCCUGGCGGAUGAACUGCUCUUCCGGCAGAUUUCCUGGAUCAAGAAGCUGCCUUUCUUUUGCGAGCUGUCCAUAGAGGACUACACCUGCCUGCUCAGCUCCACCUGGCAGGAGCUCAUCCUGCUGUCUUGCCUCACCAUCUACAGCGCCCAGAUCUUCGGAGACCUGGCCGAUGUCACUGCCAAAUACACGCCGUCUGAUGAUGAGCUGCAGGGCUUCAGUGAAGAUGGGAUGGAAGUGAUGGAGAGGCUGAUAUAUUUGUUUCGCAAGUUCCACCAAUUGAAGAUCAGCAAUGAGGAGUACGCCUGUAUGAAGGCCAUCAACUUCCUCAACCAAGAUAUCAGAGGACUGUCCAACGUCUCCCAGCUGGAGCAGCUGAACAAGCGCUACUGGUACGUGUGCCAGGACUACACCGAGUACAAGUACCCGCACCAGCCCAAGCGCUUUCCUGAGAUCAUGAUGUGUCUGCCCGAGAUCCGCUGCAUUGCAGGGAAGCUGGUGAACGUCCCCCUGGAGCAGCUCCCCCUCCUGUUUAAAGCAGUCUUGCACUCCUGCAAAUCCAGCCUGACCAGCUACCGGACCGGCCCGUCGCCCUGCGCGACCGCCCCCUCUGGAAACUAACCUAUCCCGACUGCCGAGCCUAGGGACCGGUCUCCCCUCCUGUGAAUGUGACAAGCAGCUAGUUCUUUUUUUUUUUUUUUGUAAUAUUUUUCUUUAUAUAUUUAUUACACGACAGAGCUGAAUGUAUGCUGAUUUACACUGUGCACAUCUUCUGUACAAAACAAAUGCUCAAAGAUGCAUUGGUCUUUGGAGUUUACAAGUGUAUAUCCAGUUUGCUCAAUGUGUCGCCGUUGCCAUUGUUAGACUAGACUUUAAAAGAGCUUAUUUUAUUCAGACAGGGCAGCAGGACACAUUUGUGAUUUGUGACUACCUCAGGAAGAUGUUGUUGCUAUUUUCAGGUACCUUUUCUUGCUUUGAAAUGAAAAGUUGCCUGGUCUAAAAUCAAACCUGUGGAUGCUUUGACAUCUCAAUCAGAGACUGAAUGUUCAAAUGAGCUGCAGAAAUCAGAGUUUAGAAACAUCAGUGUUGUGUUGCACUGAAAAUGCAAAAUCCAUUAGCAGAAUUUUAGCUACUUUAUAUGCAUGGACUCUCAGUUAUCCUGUAUUCGGGAGGCGGUCCUGUCCGUUUAACAUUCCAUGAGUUAAGUUGGCCGUUGUUGGAUCUGUGGGAUCACUGAAAAAGGAGCAUACGGGUAUUUUUUACAAUCAUAGACUAGGGAUGUGAGGCUUUAUUGCAGGGGAAGGGGAGGGUAGCUAGGUUUGCUGUUUUUGUUUCACUUUUCUUUCUAGACCAAAGUGUUAUGCAAUGCUUUCUUCAAACACCCACUAAUGGGUAGGGAGCUGACAGCUCAACAAAGAAUGAAUAUAUAUAAAGGAGAACUUUCUUAUCAAUGAAGGAUGGUGAUAAGAAAUUAAUCAAUAUGUAACAGAGGAGAGACCCUCAGCCGGGCAGACAAACUGGUCACCAAAAUUCCACCUUAAUGCUGCUAAUCAGAGCCACGUUUCAGUUGCAAGAAGUGGCUUCAGUCUCACAGGCUUCAAACAACACUGCCUUCAUGUGGAAGCUUUCACUUUGUUCUGAAAAACCAACAAAUGGGCUGCAGUCAGAGCAGUUGGUUCACUAAAGCCUCGUCAUGUUGGUGGAGCUCUGUCAAGAACUUCACAAUAAUCACAUUGUCAGUAAUCAUGUGACCGGAACACAAAGAGAAUCCAUCAGUUGGAUUCCCUUUAAUGUCAGCCUCCAACAUAAAAGGCUAAUGUUGAAAACCAUUUUCACACGACCCUGGACGGUAAAGUCUGAUGUGUGAUGCAUAUCAGGCAUUAUUCUAAUGUAACUGUUGUAACCUCUUGUAUCCUUUUACACCAGCUGAGCUCUUAGUUGUUUUCUUAUAUGUCAACCAGCUGGAAGUUCUGCAAAAACACCAAAUCUCACCAUGUUUGUGUUUUAGUUUCUCAGUAUACUUGAAAUGAGGCAAAACUAACUUCUUGCUGCAGUAAGAUACAGGAGCUUGUUGUAAGUCAAUAAUUCCUUAAUAUUGAUGAAAAGUGCCAAAGGCAGAUUAUUUCACUUAUAAUCUGUUUUACGAGUAAAAUAAUCUGUCAGUGAAACAAACUUUUUCAUCAAUAUUAGGGAAUUGAUUUAGAACAAGCUCCUAUGUAUUGCUGAUCUAUCAGCUAGUUUUAUCUUAUUUCAAAUUGAUUAACAUAUUUGCAUUAGAAACUAGACAAAAAUAUUUGGUAAGAUUUUGUGGUUUUGUAAAUCAAGCCAAAUAUGAUAAUGUUGAUAUUUAGCAGAUUUUAAGGUCUAAUAAGAAUAUUUUUUUAAAAUGGCAUGGAAUUAGAGGUAGACUGGGAAAAAGCCCCAGGUUUUCCUAGUAGCUCCAUGUUUUUGAAAGGUUGUGUUUGCUGUACUGAACCAGUUCACAUAUGUUCAUCUUUAACAGAACCACAGCAGAGACCGCGUUAAUCUGAUGUAAUGUUUUAGACGGGGCGGAAUCAGCUGGAAAAUUGGAAUAAUGCUGCAUUCACUGACUUGAUCUUAGCGGUCAAAAACAUCCAAACACAUUUUGACAGCGUUCCGGAUGCAGGUCGGGAAGCUGCAUGGAUUCUCUUUCUGUUCUGGUCACAAAUCAAAACUCAUACAGCUAACAAGACUUGUGGUUCCUCAUGUAGCUCCAGGUCUUCCUCAGCUGCAGCAACAUGAUCUAGCAGCAGAGGCUGUGCAGUAAAAUCCUUACAGCAGGUUAUAGAAGCUACAAACAAAUCCCAAUUUGCUCUAUUCCUACAGCUCUCUUUUUUGAUUUUGUGGUUGGAAGAAAAUAUCCAACUUUACCUAAAAGUCCUGAUUGUUCACAAGUAAAACCAGAACUUUCUGGCUUGCAGCUAGCACUGAAUGCAGCAUUUGGUCGAGCAUGUUUUUCUGAUCCAAACCUUGAAGUUUUAGAACAACUGACCGUGAGCUGAAAUGUAGCUCCUGAUGGCGGCCCACGUCUUAAAGAAUCAACGUUGAGUGAUGGAAUUUAGGUGACCCGCGUCUGGAUGAGCCUCUGGGACAGAUAUGCACAUUGUUUUAAAAGAAUAGCCAUAGACAAAAAAAAGGUCUUUAUUUUUAAAAUGUGAGAUGAUCAUUUCAGACCGCUUGAAUAUUUCCUCGUGGAUUCUUCGGGGUUUUCGCGGUUUCACAAUAUGCGAACAAUUAGAAGCGCAGGAAGAUGCUGUUCUUGCAACAACUUUUUUUUUGUUGUUGUUGGAAUUUUUUUCCUUUUUUUUUUUUGUUUUUUUUUUUUUUUUUUUUUGCACACACCGAUGAGGUUCAGAGACCUGGACGCUUGACCAUGGCUGCUGCCCUCCCAGUGUGUUCCUCUGGCAGGUCCCUGCAGACCUGGAUCUAAACAGGGUAAAGUGAGUGUUUUAUGUUGCAUUCAGGAGUUCCUCAGUGACUGUGCUGAUGUACCUGUAGUGUUAGUAGAUGUAGGUUUGGGGACAUCGUAGGUCCUCUUUUAGAAAAUGUAUUUUUUUUCUCCCCUUUUUCACAGUAUUUCACUCAAGCUUUGAGAGACAGUGGUUGUAGUCUGAAGGUGAGGACUGGGGCGGGGGUCCUCUUCACCUCCCCCCAUGUCUGACAGAUGCCACCUGUCCUCCUCCAGUCAGCCUUCACUCCAGCCUUGCUGUGUGAAAUGUGUUUUCCUCUGUAGUUAUUCUGAAUGUUUUCAGGGUUUUUUUUUCUUUUGUUGUGCUUUCUUUUCUUUUCCCAGUUUUUUUUUUUUUUUUUGGCAGUGGGUCAAAACGAUCUCCAUCCUAUUCAGAAGUUUUAAAAAGAUGUUCAAACCAAACUCAUUCCCUUGUGUCGUUCAUCACAUCGCAGCAGACGGUGGUUCAGAACUCAGAAAGGAACAGCUCUGGACUCGAGGAGAUUUUCUGUUCAGAAUGUUUUCCUCUAGACAUGCAACCUGUUUCUACGUUUGACUGAUCUGGAAAAUUGUGUCGUCUACCUCAGGAAUCAGAGAUAUACGGCAGCACAUUAGGGCCAUCAUAGAAAAGAACUGAAAAGGAGUACAUUUCCGCCAAGAAACUCACAAAUGUUUAGAUUAAUGUCAGCAAUUUUCCAGAAGAGACAAUGAAAAAAGUUUUUU